CAUUUUUUUAUGUUGAGCAAAACAUUAUCGAAAUCAAACAUGUUAUCACUAUCAGUGCGCUAAAAUGAUGUUCAUCCUCGAAGAUUUAAAAAUGAUAUAUUUAAUUUGCUACUAUAUAAUAUUAUUAUUAUUGUUUGUUAUUUGUGUAAUAUGAAAAUUAUCGUUUGUCUAAUUUGUUUUUGUUGUGUUAGAGAUGCCAUGUUUGAUAUUAUUUGUAUAAUUAAUUUUCGAGAUAUAAUAAAUUUAUCGAUAGUUGGAGUAAAUUUAUUGUAAAUGGCGGGUCAACUCUGUUAUAUAGAGAGGUUGGUCGCUCUGAACAGUUCAUACUGCUCUCAAGUCUCUCACUAACUUCUCGAAGUAAUCCUUUCUCUGCCAGCAGUAGCAAAAGAUUUUUGGCCAGUCCAGCAAUGGAUGCUGCAAAAGCUGUUUUGCCUGCAAAGGAAUUAGCGGUAGAGAUGGAUGCAAGUAGUGAGGAGGAGUAUGCUACUCAGUCCAAGUUGCUCCGAGAGUUCACUAGUAUCUCUAGUAUUGACAAGGCUUGGACUUUCAAGUCUAACAGAGGAAUGGCCUCUCAGGCAAUAUUCUCAAUUAGCCAGCCAAAUCUUUUGGCUAAUAAAAGGAGAAAAUAUAUUCUAUCUGCUACCAUUUCUAAGGAAAAUUGCAGUUCAGUAAAUUUUCAAUGGGCCGCGUUUCCCAUUGAGAUGACUGGCGUGUCUACAAUUGUUCCAUCCCCAUCAGGCUCCAAGCUUCUUAUAAUAAGGAAUCCUGAAAAUGAAUCUCCCACUCGAUUUGAAAUUUGGUUCCAGGGACAGGUGGAAAAGGAAUUCCACGUCCCUCAAUCUGUUCAUGGUUCGGUAUAUGUUGAUGGAUGGUUUGAAGGAAUAUCUUGGAACUCUGAUGAAACUCUCAUUGCUUAUGUUGCUGAGGAACCAUCUUCAUCUAAGCCUGUGUUCAGUAGUAUGGGGUACCAAAAAAAUGGUGUUUCCGAGGACAAGGAAUGUAAUAACUGGAAAGGGCAAGGGGAAUGGGAAGAAGAAUGGGGAGAGACCUAUGCAGGAAAAAGGCAGUCUGCACUCUUUGUCAUUAGCACCAGAAGUGGAGAGGUACAACCUGUUAAAGGAGUUACGAAGUCCUUGAGCACUGGUCAAGUUGUGUGGGCUCCAUCAAAUGAAGGCUCGUAUCAGUAUUUAGUUGUUGUGGGCUGGUCAUCAAAUCCAAGAAAGCUUGGCAUUAAGUAUUGCUACAAUAGGGCUUGUGCGUUGUAUGCAGUUGAGGCACCUGUUUAUAGAUCAGAGGCCAAUGUGUUUGAACUUAAAGAUAAUCCUGUAGAAUAUUCAUCUGUUUUCAAGUUAACUCAGAGCAUGAGCAGUGCCUUCUUUCCUAUGUUUAGUCCAGAUGGAAGGUUCCUUGUGUUUAUGUCUGCAAAAAGCUCCGUAGAUUCUGGGGCACAUUUAGCAACAGAUUCACUUCACAGAAUUGAUUGGCCGGUUAAUGGAGAGUUGAACUUUCAUACAAAGAUUGUUGACGUGAUUCCUGUUGUACAGUGCGCAGAAGAUGGUUAUUUUCCUGGGCUUUAUUGCUCAAGAUUUCUUAGUAAUCCAUGGCUUUCUGAUGGUUGUACAAUGGUUUUAUCUUCUGUAUGGGGCAGCAGUCAAGUUUUACUUUCCGUGAAUGUGUUGAGUGGGGAUGUAAACCGGAUUAGUCCUUUUCACUCAAAAUUUUCAUGGAAUCUUCUUUUCGUGGAUGGAGACAACAUUAUUGCCGUAUCUAGCAGUCCGGUUGAUGUUCCUGGAAUCAGGUAUGGUUUUCUUGUUAAGGAAACAACUGAAAAGUCCUUAUGGAGUUGGUCAGAUGUAUCAAGUCCCAUAUUCAAAUGUUCUGAGAAGGUUAGAUCAUUGCUCUCAUCUCAUCAAUUCGACAUAUUGAAGAUUCCAGUCAAGGAUGUUUCUUGUAGCCUGAAUAAAGGUGCCAGCAAACCUUUUGAAGCUAUAUUGGUAUCUUCCAAUUCUAAGAAUGGUGCAUCUAGUCCUCUGAUAGUAAUGCUUCAUGGAGGCCCGCAUGAUGUUUCACUGUCAAGUUUCUCGAAGAACCUGGCGUUUCUCUUUUCACUAGGUUAUACCUUGUUGAUUGUAAAUUACAGAGGUUCAUUAGGAUUUGGCGAGGAAGCAUUGCAAUCUCUUCCGGGGAAAGUUGGUUCCCAGGACGUUAAUGAUGUGCUUACAGCUAUAGAUCAUGUUAUUGACAUGGGUCUUAUUUUCCCUUCUAGCAUUUCUGUACUUGGUGGUUCCCAUGGUGGCUUUCUCACGACACACUUAAUUGGCCAGGCACCUGAUAAGUUUGCUGCAGCAGCUGCAAAAAAUCCUGUUUGUAACUUUGCAUCAAUGGUUAAUACAACAGAUAUCCCUGAUUGGUGCUUUGUGGAAAAUUAUGGAAUUGAAGGGAAAAAUAAAUAUACAGAAGCCCCAUCAAUAAAUGAUCUAACUCUCUUUUACAGCAAGUCCCCUAUAUCCCACAUCUCAAAGGUCAAAACACCAACAAUCUUUCUUAUAGGAGCUAAAGAUCUUCGUGUUCCGAUGUCUGAUGGCUUGCAAUAUGCACGGGCAUUGAAAGAGAAAGGAGUUGAUGUCAAAAUCCUCAUUUUUCCAGAUGAUGUUCAUGCAAUUACGAGGCCACGAUCUGAUUUUGAGAGCUUCCUUAAUAUUGGAGUGUGGUUCAAGAAAUACAGCAAAUGAAAGCAGUUCUUGACUGGAGAAUCAAAUUAUUUAUUUUUCGAACACAAACUUGAGAACUGGAUCAUUCAAGGUUGUUUGUAUUGCUGUCCUCUAUGAAAAUUGAUCCUCAAUUUUCUCCAAUAACCCCUAAAUAUUAGGCGUCAAAGUCCGAAAUGGAACUCGAACUUGCCUCAUAAUAAAUCAAAAUGAACUAGUUUUUUUCAAUGAAAUCUAAUAUUAAAAUUUAAAACAUCA